UCAACGUUCCUGCACGGAACACAGGAUCUGGUGUACGUGCCACGGAAGAGCUGUCGGAAUAAUAGAAAAACAAACAUAAACCUUCUUAUAGAAAAAAACAAACAUAAACCUUCUUAUAGAAAAACAACAGCAAACGUAAACCUUCUCAACAUGGCAGAGACUCACAGUUUGCAGGACAUUAGACAACAAGCUACAGUUUCUGCCAAAGUCUUCAUACAGAGAGAUUAUACCAAUGGCACUGUGUGCCAGUUCCAAACCAAGUUCCCCUCUGAGCUGGAGACCAGGAUCGACAAACAGCAAUUUGAGGAGACGGUGAGGACGUUGAAUAACCUGUACGCUGAGGCAGAGAAGCUUGGGAGCCAGUCUUAUAUUGAAGGGUGUUUGGCCUGCCUCACAGCUUAUACCGUCUUUUUGUGUAUGGAGACACACUACGAGAAGGUUUUGAAAAAGAUUGCAAAAUAUGUGCAGGAGCAGAACGACAAGCUCUAUUCCCCCAGAGGACUCCUGCUCACCGACCCCAUCGAGAGAGGCCUUCGAGUUAUUGAAAUCACUAUAUUUGAAGAGAGAAGCCUGACCAGAUAAAGGCUGCCAAGGAGUUGCUUGUUAGGUGGAGCGUCUGUUUCAGACCAACCCCCAAAUGACCUGGACUCUACUGCGUUUCUGCAAUCUACCACUUCAAGUAAUAUGUGUAAUAAUACAUUCAAGACUUGUUACGGUGUUGCUGUUCCAAAUUGUCUCUUAUUGGGUUUAGUUUGCUCUUGUUUCGCUUUGUAAAUCAACAGCCUGUUUUACUUAGUCUGUUUAUAGUCCUCACUAAAUCUUUUCAAGCCAGGACUAAUUGUCUGGCCUUGACCAGAUUUGAGUAAUUGUGGUAUUUUCCCCCCUCUACUCAAAUUUGACGAGUCAAGCCAAAACCAGAACACAAAACUUGUUUUUUUUUGUAAAAAAAAAUAUAUUUAUGACUGUUAUAAAUCUGUAUCAGUCUGAUCAUUACCCCGAUUAACCUUUUGAAUACUCCUUUUUUUCCACAAACAAAUGCCGAUUGUUGUCAGACUUAGACAUUCCAGUCACGACACCAGUUUAUAUUUAUAUUUUUCUUUGCCUUUAUUCAAAUGUUAUAGUAGUGUGAACAUGCUGUGCUCUCUUCUUACCGUGCAUGGAAUGUUCUUCGUAUUUCUCAAGUGAAGCUUGUCAUUUGUAUUCUGUGCCUUGAACAGUGUUUUGGUAACUACUGUUGUCGUGUGACUCAAUAAGCAUCAUUUUUACUACCGUAGUCAGUGGACGCUCUGCUUUCCAAUGUAUGAAUAUGAGCAGUUUUUAAAGUAAAAGUGACUGACGUAUCACAUCGAUAAGUUUCAGCUUAAACAACGAUCCGGAUGUUGCUUUAGUCGCCAUUUUAGUUAGUUAAUUAUAACAAGUAGUCAUCCAGAGUUGUGGUUGCUACAUAUAACAGGAUCAAGUCAGAAUUGACUGUGCUGUAGUGCGGCCACACAACACACAAGUGUUGUGUUGUGUUGUGUGAACUGAUUGACAAAAACACAAAAUCAUUCACGACAAAUUUAACCUCUAAAGGCCUUAGUGGUCACAUGCAUGGACAGGACCUUUUAGCUCUUAAUUCUAAAAUUGUGUACACCAGUGGUCCCCAACCACCGGACCGAUUGGUACCGGGCCGCGCAAGAAAUAAACAAUUUUUUGAAUUAAAUCAACAUAAAAAACACAAUAUAUACAUUAUAUAUCAAUAUAGAUCAAUACAGUCUGCAGGGAUACAGUCCGUAAGCACACAUGUUUGUAUUUCUUUAUGAAAAAAAUAAAUAAAUUACCCCCCGGUCCGUGGGACACAUUUUCAAGCGUUGGCCGGUCCCCAGCUACAAAAAGGUUGGGGACCACUGGUGUACACUACUGAAUUGGGGUCUUAUGCCGACAUAUGGACACUUAUACUGCCAUCUGGUGGUGUCAGAAGAGUAUAACAUACAAUGGAAUUUGGAAAAAAAAAGGGUAAAAAUAAACAUUUGCAUGUCACUACACAUGAAGUACACGUUUGUGUACUUAUGGACUAAGUUCAUCAUAUAAAAAGAUGAUUUUUAGUUUUUAUUCUAAUUAGGGUCCAAUAAGCCCAAAUAGCAAAGAUAAAUACAAAAAAGCAUGUUUUAGUUUAGUUUAGUUUAUUAUUCUUCGGUCAAUGGUCAACAAAAUAAACAAACAGUUGUACAUUCAUAGAUUGAAAAUGAAAAUGGUGCAGACCGAAAGGGUUUAGGCUGAAGUUGAACACUUAUUGCGCCUAACCCUACAAACAAUGUCAAGUACAAGCUGAACUUCCGAAAAUUAUGAAAUGUCCUUUGUACAACAUAUUAUAAAUACACAUUAUACACAACAUAAACACAGUUAAAUUAUAUACACAGUAAAGGCAUGUGAAAUAUCCUUGUACACGUGUUAAACCUUUGUAAACAAACAAACA